ACAAAAUAUUUUUUAUCGCAAGCUUUUACGUUAAACACUAUGGACGAUCCCGAGUUAGAACAAUUUGUACUGGGAGAUUCGUCAUCAACUAGUUCUGAAAGCUGCUCUCCGAUCGACACAAUGAGCUGCCCAUCGCCACAAACUUCACCACAAGUAUCCACUCCAGGAUCAAUCAUCUACCCACAAGAUCCACUUCGGGAUAUUCCAUCUUCUCCACCUUUCUCGUGCAUAUCAGUGCCUUGCUCAACUGUUGAAAGUCUUCCUCCAAUUUCACAUUUGUCACCAUCGUCGCCGUUCCAGCAUAUGUACUCUGCAAAUCAUGAUAUUCUAAAUUCAAAACAUGGACAAUCUGUAAUGUCAAUGGACAGCCAUAUACCACCAGCUAAUAUGUUCGAUUUAAAUGGUAAUAUUCAGGAAACACAUAAUACAGUACCACAUUAUUCUGACUAUCGUGAGCCCGAAUACGGCGAACAAUGUUACCAGCAAUCACAUAUUGCCCACAACGAUCAUUCAAACUACAAUACCGGAUAUUACCCAGCAGAUCACUACAUCUACGCCAUGCCUACUUCAUGUCAUGACCAACAGGCGUACCAGUGGUCUUAUGAUUCCGAAGACAGCUUUGAAGUUGAAAACGAUCAUGUAUUUCCUGAGCAAAUGCAAAGAACUCAACAGUAUAGUCAAAUUAUUCGAAAUCAACACCACAGCAUUUCUUGUGAAGAGGGAAGCUCUUUGCCAAACUUUUCCGUGUUUACCACAGAGAUGAAAAAGGUUCCGAGUCGACGCGGACGGCCUGUAACCUACAACAAGCCUGGAUAUCACUAUAGUGACAGUGAUGGAAUUCCUAGCGAUGAGGACGACCGAUCAGGACAAUCUAAAGGAUGUCGAAGAGGUGCCAAAAACAUUCUGCUUUGGAAGUUUCUGCUUGGAGAACUAAGAAAACCAAACAGCAAUCAUAUCAAAUGGGAAAACGAACGGGAAGGAAUCUUUAAAUUUGUAGAUACUGCUGAAUGUAGUCGACUUUGGGGACAAAUGAAGAAGAAAGAAGAUAUGAAUUUUGAAAAACUUAGCCGGGGAAUAAGACACUACUAUAAGGAUGGUCUUAUGUCAAGGAGAGAUGGCAUCCGUCUUGUAUAUAAGUUCAACUGGGACAGAGUACCAAGAGCAUUUUGGCCAAGAAGACGCUGAAGAUGACCCAUAUAAAUCUUUUCAUAAAGUUUCGAAUCUCAAUACACAGUAUUGUCAUGAGGCAGAUCAUGAAUUCUCCGCAGUAAAAAAACAUUCAAAACAAACUGUAAAUGAAUGUACAAAUAGUAGAAAUAAUCAUGUCAUUUGAUUCAUCAAAACGUAUAUCAUUUGAAAAACUAACAAAUUUUCUAGUUUUGAUCUCAAUAUAAUAUCACUACCAUUUUGUUUUUGUUUUUAAUAACUGUUGUUUUAAUAUGAAUUUGUAAGCCAGCUAACAAAUGCAAAAAUAGUGCUUUAACUAUAAUUUAUUUAUGUGUUCAUUUGUUAUAUAAUAUAAUAUAUAAUAUAUAUAAAUAUAUUUAGUAUCUAACCUGAAUGUAAAAAAACCCUGUAAAUAAGUUAUAUUAAAUGUGUGUAUGUGUGUGUUUUUUAAAAGUUUACAACAGUUAUAAAACGUUCUCACAUUGUGUUCAAAAGUGUUAAUGAUCAUCACACUGCUGAGUCUGAGUAAUGAUAGAAACAUUAAUACAAAGUGUUCAACAUUUUUCUGUAUUGUAUAUAUUUUAUGUAUUUUCAAUAUAUAUGUUAGUAUAAAAUACGUACACAGAUACAUCAACAUGUAUAUGCAUUUAUGUUAACACUUAACUAUUAGCUGCUCAUGUUGUCAAAUUAUAUUUUCAUCAGACUUCUUAAGUCUUUAUGCGUGCAUACUCUUUCAUGUAUACAUCCUCUUAUACGUAUAUGACAAUAUUUCUCACCAGAUUGUUUUAAAACAUACUUCUGGUCAUCUUUUUUUUGUCAAAACACUUGACCUAAAACAAUUAACAAUUAACUACUUUAAAGAUUUAUGAAUGAAUUUUACUAAACGGGAUGAGUGUACACUAUCUUAUCUAAAAAGAAACAAUGACUUUUUAAGACAAAAAAAAAUCAUCAGCUCAAGUGGUGUUUAAAAAUAGCUGUUAACUUACUGUCCGUUUCCUUUAGAAAGACAUUCAAAUGUGUAACAUUACUUAUUUUCACAUUUUAUAUAGUAAGCGUUAAUGCGAAAUUAAAGCUUUUCUAUAGAGACAAAUGACAAUUAUAAUCAAACGAAGUUUUUAUUGAUUAUUCAUCCACAUUAUUUUAAGAAGAAAGUAUACAAAAUAACGUCACCCAUCGACAUUUUUCAUAUGGGUUCUGUUUACAAAGUGUUGAAUAACCUCUAAGACAUAUGAAAAUCUUGUCAAAGUUAUUUUAAUGUAUAUGAAAUAAUAUUAGAGUUAACUUUAGGGAGAUAAAAAAAUCCUCAAGAGUCAUCAGACUUAGAGCAGACAGUAGAUAACAUUCGUAACAAGAAAGAAAUCAGACAAAUGAAAUAAGGUUUCUUGGGUACUUUCCAGUGUGAUGAAAAGAUAUCCUGAAACUUUGUAAAAUUUUAUAUUCAAUCAUAUGAGUCAAUGAUAAGGUUUAUAUUUAGUAUAUUACCAUUUUUGCGUGUCUAAAUGCAGAUUUUAAAUAAACAAAAGAUCACUAAAACGGGAAGAGUUUAAAUACACAAAAUACCACUUAAACGUGAUCAAUUUUAUAAAUAAUCGCACUGUUCGUUGAUUUUUUUUAAAGUUUUCUUUUACUUUUAGUUUAGGUGAUUUUUUAAUCAAGUUUGCUCAUAUUCAUUUGAUUGGCCUUAAAAGGGGCCACUUGAGCUAAAAAUAAAAAAACACCAUUAAACACUGCAUCUAAAGCAAAAAAAUGAACGUUUUUAAAAACUACUGCUUCAUUGUCAUCGUCCACUUUGUUUCAAGGUCACCUUUAUUUUCAUUUUCGCCUUAAGUAGAGAUUGCCACUUACGUACUUUUGUUUUGUUUUUUCAUGACUGUGUUUAAAAUAACAGUCUUUUUGUGCAGGUCGGUAUUUGCAAUAAUUUACCUCCUUUUUGUGUGUUGUCAUAUACCUUUUUUUGUAAGAAAUGAAAAAAAUAGCUAUUUCUAUAGCUAGAACUAAUUUAUUUACAUUUCGAAUCAUUCCUUGGUUUAUUUAUUUACAAGUGUUAUCUUAAUUUUUCUUCAGUAUUUAGAACAGUAUGGAUGCAAAAAUAAUAUCUUUUUCGUUUAAAGAAAAAUGUUAAAUGCUUGUAUGAAAUGAGGUUUAUGUCGUUUAGCUUCUCUUAUAAAUAUGCCAUGUUUUAACUUAAAAAUUUGUUUGUCCUUGAAUAUUUUAAUAAAACUGUAAAAUUCUUAA